AUGUUCACGAAGACUUUCGCCGCUCUCAUCGCCGCCGCCGUCGUCCUCGGCGCGCCCACCCCAGGCCCCGCACCCACCCAGACGAACGUCCUCCAGUUCGCGCUUUCGCUCGAGUACCUCGAAAGCGCGUUCUACUCGGGCGCGCUUGCGCAGUACGACGCGCAGGCAUUCGCCGACGCCGGCUUCCCCUCCUGGGUCCGCGGCCGCUUCGAGCAGAUUGCUCAACACGAGCAGACCCACGUCUCGACCCUCCAGAACGCCCUCGGCGACCAGGCACCCCAGGCCUGCCAGUACAGUUUCGGGAGGCUGACAGAUGCGGAAAGCCCGUACACGGACCCACGCUCGUUCGUCUCGCUGUCGUUUGCGAUCGAGGGCGUCGGCGCCGCGGCAUACCUGGGCGCCUCGAAGUUCAUCGACGACAAGGAUACGCUCGGCGUAGCUGCGUCCAUCCUUUCUAUUGAGGAGCGCCAAGUCGCAUGGGUCUCGUCUGCCGUCCUCAAGCAGCAGCCCUGGGACGGUCCCUUUGAGACGCCGCUCUCGCCAUCUGGUGCCUAUUCUCUCGCCUCACAAUUCAUCACCUCCUGCCCGUCCUCGAACCCGCCGCUCCCUGUCACGCCGUUCCCCGCCCUGAGCGUCUCCAACGCCAGCCCGUGGCCAGGCUCGACGAUCAACUUGACGUUCGACAACUCAAACAAUGCGGAUGCCGCGUACGCCGUCUGGCUGAAUGGGCUCGACGCAGUCUUCACGCCGCUCGAUGGCAACGGCCAGACGACGGUCCCGGACGGCCUGCACGGGACUGUAUACGUGGGCGUGGCGUCGAGCGAGCAGACGCCGAUGAGCGAUGCGAGCAUGGUGACGGGGUUGGCCAUCGUGCAGAUGCCGUUUGACUCGACGGCGGUUGAGGCCUAG